AUGGAUGCGGACGUGCCUCUGCCAGCCCCUACCACCACCUGCGACGCAGCCCCGUCACGGCCGUCAUCCCCUUCAGCCCCUGCAGCCCCUUUUGACGCGUCGACGCCCGAUACGAACAUCAUACUACGAUCCUCAGACGGCAUCGACUUCCACGUCUACAAAGUCAUAUUGGCGAUCGUAUCACCCAUCUUGAAGUCCAUGUUCACCAUCCUCGACGAUUCGGACACAUCACCAGCAAGUCCACAGAUUAUCCCACUCGCAGAAAAUGCAAGCACGCUCGAACAUGUUCUGCGUCUAUGCUACCCAGUCCCUCGCACGCCGAUCACAAGCCCGGACGAACUCGUCGCCACCUCUGACGCCGUGACAAAAUACGAGAUGACCGCACUGCGCCCGUCCCUGGAGCAAGACCUCAGGGCGCUGCUGCUAUCUGGGGCCGACCCUCUGCGCAUCUACUCCGUCGCCUGCCUCUGCCGCUUCGACAGCGUGGCGCACGAGGCCGCCCGGCGCACCCUCGAGAAACCCCGCCACCUCCAGCCGCGCGACGCCGCGAUCCCGCCCGAGUUCGCGCAGCUCUCCGCGACGGUGCUCUUCGCGCUCAUCGACUACCGCCGACGGUGCGCAGAAGCCGCUGCCGCGGCCGUCGGCGACGGCGACUGGAUGGUCUUCGGCGAGCACCCGAAGAAGGUGACGGGCUUCUGGUUUGGGAACGCGUCGAACAUGCCGGUCGUGGAUGGCUCGUGGGCGUGGCUCGCGUGCAACGUGGACGGCGACGCGUCGUUUGUGAGCACUAUCCGGACGCACGGGAUGCGCGUGAGGAUGUGGUUUGGGCUGUAUACGGAGGAUGCGAUGAAGGCGUUGUUGGACGAGCCGCACUUGAAGGGCGAGGCGGUUGCUCGCCCGGCGGUGCUUCGCCGUGCGUUGGAGGGCGCUGAUUCGUGCUCUCGAUGCAGGACAACCGCUUGGAAGGAUUUGCUGGACUACAGCCAUUUGUUGGCGGGAAGAAUCGACGCUGCAGUGUCCAAUGUUCGGCUCGAGCUCCCCUUCUAGGUCAUGUCAUAGACAACUGUAUGAAGACUCUGUUGAAAUUCGC